AUGGGCCCGGUUAGACUUGCAUUCAGCCCACCAAAGGGGCCCAAUUUACCCGAGCAAUUCAGGACCCAAGACUUCCGGUCCACCCAGGGGGCCCAAGACCCGAGGGAUCCAAGGCCGUCGCUCAACCGGUUACCCAAACCCGGGAGCAAUAUCCUAGAACUCCCCCUCACACGCAGAAGAUCCGUCCCGAAGGCCUACGUCAUGAAGUUCCCCGCUCAACGUUGCUUUGGAAUAGCCCAUGCCUCAGAGAAGUACAUAUCGGCCAUAGGAGACCCUGGAAUGAAGAACCCAAAUGUGAGAGUUGGAUUGGAAGCGUGGAACUUUUGCAACGAAGUUGGAACGGAAGCACCCAACAUGGGCAGCCCCAGGAUGGCUGAUUGUGCUGACUUGUACUGCCCUUUGGUCGUUGAUUCCUUGGGCCGCACCGCAAAGUGUGAAGUACAUCACAAAGUGAAUGAGUCAGAUAACAGCUUGGGGGCUGGUAAUAAGUUUCCUGUAACGGGAUUCAAGCCAUACACAGACCCUGACCUGUUUGCUGUGGAAAAGGAACUGUAUCUUGGUUCUCUGUGUGAGGUGCAGGAUUCCUCAAACCCAUGGCACUUCUGGAUGAUUAUGCUCAAGAAUGGUAACUUUGACAAGAAAACUACCCUUUGUCCAGAGAAUGGCAAAAAUGUCAGUAAAAUCGUAACAGACAGGAAUUUUCCGUGUUUCGGUGAAGGAUGUAUGAAUCAGCCACUUGUAUACCAUAAUUACUCAAGAUUGGUUUCUUCUGGGGAUCAAAUAGUGUCUUUAGCGGGAGAGUUUUAUGGAACAUAUGACCUUGAUGCCAAUUUGAGCAAAGGUGCAGGGAAGAACUCCUACUUCUCCGUUUCAUGGCAGAAGAAUUUGAGCACAGGAAGUUGGAUUUUCUCGCAACAAUUAACAACUUCUUCAAAGUAUCCCUGGCUCAUGUUGUAUCUACGUGCAGAUGCAACAGAAGGAUUUAAUGGUGGUUAUCACUAUGGUAGUCGCGGAAUCAUAAGAAAGCUGCCGGAGUCUCCCAACUUUAAGGUAAAGUUGACACUUGAUGUUAAACAAGGAGGAGGAGCCAACAGUCAAUUUUAUCUCCUUGACAUAGGAAGCUGUUGGAAGAACAAUGGAGACCCCUGUGAUGGUAAUGUUCUGACAGAUGUGACAAGAUACAGCGAAAUGGUAAUAAAUCCAGCAACUACAAGCUGGUGCCGCCCAGAUAAUCUGGUCUCCUGCCCGCCUUAUCAUGUUAGUCCUACUGGCGAGAAAAUAUAUAGAAAUGAGACAUCUCGGUUUCCAUAUUCUGCUUAUCAUCUCUACUGCAGCCCAGGAAAUGCCGACUAUCGGGAGAAACCGUAUGAUAUCUGCGACCCAUAUAGCAAUCCACAGGCACAGGAACUGGUGCAAAUUCUUCCACAUCCUGAAUGGGCUGUUCAUGGCUAUCCCGAAAAGAAAGGAGAUGGGUGGAUUGGAGACCCUAGGACUUGGGUGCUUGAUGUGGGGGCUCUCUCUAGUCGGUUGUACUUCUACCAGGAUCCAGGAACCAAACCAGCAAGGCGUGUAUGGUCUUCACUUAAUGUUGGCACAGAAAUAUAUGUUAGCCGCGCAGGGGUGACUGCAGAAUGGACUGUUAGUGAUUUUGAUGUAUUGGUUCCUGAAGAUGUUACUACCACUUGUGACAGCUCUUAUUGAUUUGCAAUCUUUUAUGAUGUCAUUUUUCAAUCCUACUUUAAAAA